CGAUAGUCCGUGCUCCCCGGUUCAAUAGCACUUUCUUGCCUGCAAAUAAAUUUGAAGACUGAAUUUGCACAAUCAUUUGAUACAUUCUUGAUAAAUUUGUUAUGUUUUCUCUCAUAUUUAUGUGCCCUGAGGCUUUCAUUCAUUUGAAUAAGCCAGUGUCGUCUUGUCGUUUGUGGACGUAAACAAAACAGGAAGUUGUCACGCAAUGUAUAUUCCCCAUUCCACUGUCUGCAAUCCGCAUGUUGUUUUCCAUAAAGACUUCUUUAUAUUCGCUCUUGUCUGAUGCUUACACAGUUUUCGUUCAACCGUUUUGCAAUGUCUCGCGAGUAAUGACUGUGCGGGGGAGGACUUCCUCGCAAAGUAAGGUUAGGUGCCUUCGAGAACCAUUCUAGAUAAAGUUAGCGUCCUCCUAAAAUUAGCCCAUUUGUAUACAUUCUCGACGACACAGAAUAUAAGGCACAGGUCCUAUCGUCAUCACUCAUAUUCCUUCGAUAGAGUGAACUUACGACAUGAUGUCGUGAAUCGAAUGGUGCAACAGAAUGUUUCUCAGCACAGAAGCGAAAGACCAAAUAAGCCAUAAAAUGAUGUCAGUCAAAUUCAGAUCGGUGCCAAUGGGAUGUCUCUAAGUAUCUUUACCAUCGCAAAUAAGUCUAGGUUAAAAUGGCUUCAGGUGCAUCAUCACUUGAAAGCAAUGGCAACAAUGCCUCCGGGACCCUGCAAAGAAAUUACAAUGUGGUCAGUAGUAGUGAUCGCAGUGACCGCAGUGAUCGAAGUGACAGAAGCGAUCGGAGUCAUUCUGGAGCAUCUCCCCGAGAUUAUGAUGGUCUAAAACAACAAUGUGAUAAGGCCAUGCAUGAGUUGCAGCUUCUUCGCAGGCAGCACAGCGAAACUACCCGACGAUGCGAUCACACCAUGAAGGAACUCGACUAUUACAGAAGCCAACACCGUGCAGCUAUGAGUCAGUUAGAGGCAGCUGCAACAGAAUCAUCAACACUUAGGGGAAAAUAUAGUGAAAUAGCAGCAGAAAAGUUGCGUUUAGAACGUGACAUGCAAACACUGCAACUUGAAAUUGGUGAACUGAGGUCACAGGAUGUGAUUGGAAAUGAAGGUGGCACAGCUGAUACACUAAACCAACAUUAUUUAACUGCCUGUGAAAAAUACGAAAUGGUUAAAGAUGAAUAUGAAUCACUCCGAAAACGUUAUGAUGAUCUCAUAGCCUCUCACUCUGCUGCUGUUAACAAAUUAGAACUUGCUCAGGAAGAAGUCGGAAGACUGAAAAAGCAAUGUGAAGAACUGGUGCAGGAAAGAAACUUGGCGGUUCGAGAAAGAACAGUUUUACAACAACAAUGUACGGCGGCCAUUCGCCAGUGGGAUAUUGCACUCAGGGAAAGAAAUGAAUAUCGAGAAGCUUUGGCAAAAGCACAGCAACAGCAUGAAGAGGCUGUCAAGGAGAUCAAUCAAGCUAUGGCCGUUCGAAUGAAGGCAAGCAAAGAUCUGAAGCGGUUGACUGAGGAGAGGAAUGCAGCCAUGCAGGAAUAUUCACUGAUCAUGAGUGAAAGAGAUACGGUCCACAAGGAGAUGGAGAAAUUGACAGAUGACCUAACACAGGCUUUCAAUAAGAAUCGAACUCUUGAGGUUGAGAAUAAGGACUGUAUUGAAGAUAAAAAAGCUCUGUCCUAUCAAGUGGAAACUCUCAAACGAGAAAUUGCUUCUGCACUGCAUGACAGAGACAAAGCUCUGAAAGAGUGUAAUGAUUUACGUGAGAAAUAUGGCGACUUCAUAGCUCAGAAGGAGUCUAACAGUGGCGGUCUUGCUGCCUAUGAGUCAAAUACGUACACCCGUGAAAGAGAUACGGGUCGAAAUGACCAAGCUGAAAUUUCCACUAGUACCAGAGACAUGUAUGGAAAAUCCCAGAGAGAACGCAUGGAUAAUCUAGAUCAAGCAAAUCAGGAACUAGAACGACUUCGCAAGCAGGUUGACAAACUACAGGCUGAGCUACAAGAGUCUACUCAAGAAGCUGAGGUGUCAAAGAGGCGUAGAGACUGGGCAUUUAGUGAAAGGGACAAAAUUGUCCUUGAGCGUGAGAGUAUACGGACUCUAUGUGAUAAACUGCGCAAAGAACGUGAUAGGGCUGUUUCUGAUCUGGCUGAGGCAUUGAGGGAUUCAGAUGAUAUUAAAAAACAACGCAAUGAAGCUUCAAAGGAACUUAAACAAUUGAAGGAAAAAAUGGAAGCUCAAAUGGAAAAAGAAAGUCGCUCUCAACAGUUCCGAGCAGCAGGACAUAAUCAUAGUCAUGACUCAGCAAUUGAUUCAGAUUUACAAGAGUGGGAAACAGAGAUGCUGGACAUUGAUCUUAGUGGGCUUGCAUCUGAUGAUGAUUUGGGAUUUGAUUUGGUUGGAGGCAGAGAUGAUCCUCAGUAUCCCAAUGACAGUGGAAUAUAUGUUUCCUCCAUUGCUAAAGGCAGUGUGGCAGAUGGAAAGCUUAAGAUUAAUGACUGCAUAAGCAGAGUAAACAAUGUGGAUUGUAGUAAUGUCAGUAAGCGUAUGGUAUUGGAAACUGUUCGUGCCGGUGGCCGAGUUGCAAGUAUGGUUGUUCGAAGGAGGAGAUUUAUUCGCAGUAUUUACACUACUCAGCUACAUAUGGGGUUGGAUUGUGAACAUGGUCUUUCUCUUGAGACUGGAAUUUACAUUUGUAAAAUAAGCCCUGGCUCAGCUGCUGCUAAAGAAGGCAAUCUAGCUGUUGGUGACAGAGUUCUCAGUAUUAACAAUAAGCCCAUGGAUGGGCUUUCAUCUGCCAGAGAAGCUAUUGCCUUCUUGGAAGAGCGGGGUGACACUGUGACUAUCACAACACUGAAGGGCUCUGGCAGUGGCAGCAGUAGUACCCACAGUAGUUGUGAAGAGGAAAGAGCCUUUUCUACGACUAGUAGUUCCUGUAAAGAAAGUGCUCAGCAACUGAGGGAGCACAGAGCCUUUGCAAGAUCUCCCACUGGUAGUAGUAGUCCCAGCAAUAUGUCUCGUCCUCAUGGCCAGCAUGCAACUCACAGCCCUCAUGGGCGUGACCACAAACACAGUGCUUGUCAAACGGAUAAUAUUGGUGUCCGACCAGACUUGCUGGAUCAAAGCAGAUUUUCAGAGCGAUCUGUGUACCAGGUCAAUAAGAGCUCUGUCGAAAAAGUGAGCAGCAACAGUGGCAGUAGCAGCACAGGUUGGGGUGAAUUAAUACGAGACAAAUUUGACAAGUUUGCCAGACGCAGAGAGUAUAACUUUCAAGAUAAGAAUAAAGAUCGCAAUGUGUCACCUGUGGGACCUGAAGAAGAAGUCAUCGCAGAGCUUGAUUCUGUAAUUGACAGCUACCGCGGUCCCAACCAGACCAGUCAGACAUCUCGAUUCGGAAGUGGUGCAGGAACAGUUGCAAUGAGAACUAAAAACAAGCGGCGCAAGGAGCCAGAAAAGAAUGGAGGCACAUGGCCCAAGGCCCGUGUUGGUGUGACAUCAAGGCACAACAAUGGAACAGUCAUGCAUCACCGGAGACCAAAAGAAAGAGUUCCCAUAUCUGCUCUCUUGAACGAUCCCCCUGCACCCGAUUGUGAUCAUCUAAGUGAUAUGAGUCUUGAUAUGUCAGUGAAGAGCAGCAAUGCCUCAAAGGAUAUGAUAGAUUUCUGCAAGAAGAAGGGAAGCAAUGGCGACAGUGGGGGAAUGCGUCACUAUCCUCCCAGUGACAGUGAGAGCAAUGCAAGUCCAGUACCUUCCUCUCACAGCCGGAUAAUGUCUGUCUUGUACCCGAGACCACAUCCACACUAUCCCUUCCCAGUACCGGUUCCUCACCCACACCAUCCACACUCCCACACUAUAGGACCAACCUUGCCAACUCGUCUCCCUAUCCCUCGGUACCACUCUCCACCCCAUCACUUGCCAUCAUCUGAGUCCAUUGGGUUGCCAGACACUAACAGGUUUAUUUUUGAACCACCAUACAGCCCCUCUCAGCCAUCAUACCAUUCUCAUUCCCCUUCUGAGGUCCAUUAUGGAAAAUCACAGUCACUCCAUCAGGCCCAUUCCCAUCCCACUUAUACUCGGGGAAAUGAUGAUAUGGCAAUCCACAUUCACAGUGGUGGAUUUGAAAGUGGGACAUUUCCUCGGAAGAAAGAAAAUCCACGGUUCAGGAUUCCCUCAAAUCCCAGUGUUACCAGCAAGGUGUCCACCAGCAGUAUGGAGAGGUCCUCCGAGCGAGACAGUCCAAUGCCCACCUUUCGAGUGGAUGUGUUAAGUCGUGACUCAAGCCGGGGAAACAAGAGAAACUCUCUCCCUGAUUAUUGGUCAGGGACCCACCAAUCCCAAUACUCUCCUGUACCUGCUCCAGGGGAUUUGAGAAGGGUGCACAUUGAUAAAUCUGUGGAACCAUUAGGAAUACAAAUAAAAUGUCUCGAUGGUGGUGGUGUUUUUGUGUCCACUGUUAGUGUCAACAGCCUUGCUAGCAAAGUUGGUUUACAGGUUGGAGAUCAACUCCUUGAAGUGUGUGGAAUCAACAUGCGUAGCGCGACCUAUCAGCUAGCUGCAAAUGUCUUACGUCAGUGUGGCAACUCCAUUACUAUGCUAGUGCAAUAUAGCCCUGAUAAGUAUAAAAUGGAGAACUCGGCAAGUUCCAGUGGUGAUGAAAGCCAUCGCUCGGACUCACCUACGCCUCGCAACUCGCCACAUGCUGCUCGCAAAUUGCAAGAAUUGGGCCCGAACAGCCUGUACAGUAGUACUCUACCUAAUGAACAAAAUACCUUGACAAGAAGUCAAAUAGUUCAAGCCACAGCAACCCUCCAGAGGCAAAAAGGAGCCAAGUUUAACACAACUCAUUCACAACGCUCUUCCCUUGUUCAGAGCUUGGAUGAUGCUAACAAGUCUUCAUCCACUGCACAUGAGCCCCGUCUCCUAAUGCUGGAAACGCGCAAAUGUAGCAACCUUGGUAUCAGCCUUGUAGGAGGCAAUGCUGUGGGCAUCUUUGUGCACAGUGUCCAACCAGAUUCACUUGCCUGUGAGGCUGGAUUAAGGACUGGUGACCAAAUACUGGAAUACAACUCAACUGACCUGCGUCAAGCAACAGCAGAGGAAGCUGCUUAUGAAUUAGCCAAGCCUGCUGACAAAGUCACUGUUCUUGUUCAUUACAAUAUUGACAAGUAUAACAAAAUAAAGGACAAGCCCGGUGACAGCUUCUUUAUUCGUGCCUUGUUUGAUCGUCAAGGCGACUCUGGCGAAGCAAUGCAGCUGCGUUUUCACAAAGAUGAUGUCCUGUUUAUUGACAACACUAUGUUUAAUGGAAAGCCUGGCAACUGGAGGGCAUGGUGUGUGGAUGAGGAGGGAAACAUUAUGCAGCAGUGUGGCAUUAUUCCAAGCAAAUACAAAGUGGAGGAACAGUUGCUGAGACGUAGUUUGGGUGAUUUGGAGACGGAUGUACGUCGCGGUUCCACAACAGCGCGGCGGAGCUUUUUCCGCCGCAAAAAGCACCAACGUUCUGCAAGCCAGGACAGCAAAGAGUUGGCCAGUUUUAGCAGCAUCAACUUGGGCUGGUACUCAGAUUCUGGAAACUUGCAUGAUGAAGCUGCACUUUCCAGCUAUUUGCGUGUAGAACGGCUUAAUUAUACUGUGUUUAGACCAGUGCUCAUAGUUGGGCCAUUGGCAGACUGUGUAACUGAGCGACUUUUGCAAGACUUCCCUCAGUUGUUCAUUAGGUGCAGCCCGGAUGUGAUGCAUUGCAGUUCCACAGACGUGGAAAAAGGCAUUGCCAAUGGGGUUCUUGUAGAUUUCAGGAAGAAGGGUGGCAGCUAUUUUGAGUGUACAUCUGUAGCUGCCAUUAGAGACAUUUGUGAUAAAAAGACUCACUGCAUUCUCGAUAUUUCCCUAUCAUCUGUUGAAAGGCUUCACCGCCACAACCUUUAUCCUAUUAUAUUACUUAUCAAAUUCAAGUCAACUAAACAAAUUAAAGAAGUGAAAGACACCCGCUGCUCCAUGGACAAGGUUUCAGCUAAAGCAGCAAAAGAAAUGUAUGAACAUUCCCUCAAGUUGGAAACUGAAUAUCGGCAUUUAAUUUCUGCUGUUAUUCCUGCUGGAGUGAAUGUUGCAUAUAUGUGUACUCAGAUAAAAGCUGCUGUUGGCGUGGAACAAAACAAAACUUUAUGGGUUCCUGUGUCUUAAACUGAAAGCUUUUAUCGCAUGCAUAUUGUGAUAAGCAUACAGGACUGAUGAUAUGAAGCUAAUCCAACCUGCAACUAAAAUGAAAUUAAAGAAGUAAACUGUAACAUGUGUACUUCCUAUGGCCGACCUCUUCGGACUUUGUCCAGUUGACUGCCACUGUCAGCAGAGUUUAUGAAUUGUUCAAAAUCUUUGAAAAGGGAAGUUAGGAUAAUUGUGAGUUGAAGAGGUGAAUUGGGUGUUUCGGUGGGCCAAAGCUUUCAUAUUUUCUCCUAUGGAACCGUAGAUUGAUAAAAGUCCAGAUUCUAAGUCUUCCUCUCUAAUGUAUUUUGUAUAAUACAUUUGUCUCUGACUAUGAGAGACAAUCUAAAACUGAAGAUGCCCCUAGUCUGUUCAUAUAAACUAUAUAUUUGAAACAGCAUCAAAUGGGUCCGUGUGUACUAUAUUUUCUACAAAAUUUGCUACUCUUUUGAGUGAAACAGAUUGUUUCUAUUUUUACUAAUGAUGUUGAGCUUUUCAAGUUUUCAAGUUGAAAUUGUAAAGUUUUGUAUAAUUUUCAGUCACAUUAUCAGUUGUGAAGAACGAAUAUCCAUGUAUCUAGCACUUUAUUUACUGUUAUUGUUUUUAUUAUCGCUGUUCUAUAUGUAUGUCUGUUAUUCUUGUUAUUCACACAGAAUAGUUUAUAUUUGCCCAUCCCUUUCAUUUCGUAUGAAGCUGAUAGGUUUUGAUCAUGUAUUGCCUGUACUUUUCUUUGGUAUCUGACUGCAUUGGAUCAUAGCCUGUAUGAGGUACAAGACCAUACUCUUUUAGAUUGACAACUUUUUGUUGUUGUUUGGUUUGAUUUUACAUUUAUGUUGGAGCAAAGUUUGAACUUUUUUCAAAAUUGCUGUGGAACAAUGUAUUUUUAGGCCGACUGAGAUUUUUCAUGUGUUUUUAAGUUAGUUGGGACUUAAUUAACUUCUACUCAUACUGUUUAAUACUUGUGUUCAUGCCUACCAAAAUGUGUGUAAAGUUUAUGUGUGGAAAAUUAAUGUGAGUCUUAUGGGCAUAUUUUCUAUUACAAGUCUUAGAGCCACACAUCCUUUAGCUUUUUCUUUUGUUCAGUUUGCAAAUAUCUGUUUGCAUCACCCCCUAGUUAUUUUUGUUCUAGCCUUGUGUGUUUGUGUGCGUGUAUGUGUGUGGUGAUUGGAAGAAUUCUGCUUGAUAAACAUGGUUACACCCGUUUCCUUUCCUUCAGUAUUAAGUGCUCACAUCUAUUCAGGACUGGUAUCAUUACUGGUCCAGAUCACUCUGACGCCUUGUUUUCAUUAGUCUUUCUUUUCAAUUUUCAAAAUUUUAUGGACUUGACUAGUGUUGUUAAAAAUCGUGUAAGGAUUAGCAAUUUAUGUAAUAUGUUUGUGUACUGGUGCAGGGUGACCCUAUUUUUUUUCUUGAUGGCUAGCACUUAGUGGGACUUUUCUCACAUCAAUAUUAAUUUGAUAAGUAAUUAAAAGACACUUUGUUUUUAGUGUUUUAUGCACUUUCUUCUUGGGACUGUGUGCUUGCUCAAAACUGCAAUAUGUCUGUAUUGCUAUUUUUAUAUCAACUCUUUGAAACAUCUAGGUUCUUACCUUAUAAAUUAUCAGUGACUCCUUAUGAUAAAGAAAUAAUGUCAUCAUAUUUUUAACAGCGAGUUUGUAGCAUAGCUUGACUUAGAGAGCUCAAAUGGGUCGACACUUGAGUUUUGAUUUUUAGUUCGCAUGUACUGAGCCAAGCUCGUAACUUUUUAAAAAAAUUUAGACAAUCACCCAUGUGAGCUCUCUAGCUAGAUUCUUUUUAUAGUCAUCAAAAUGCCUUACUUCAAGACUUCUAUUCUUCAAUUUGGGUCCAAAAAGACAAAUUUUAUUGA